AUGGGCUUCGCUCAGUGUUCUUGGCCGAUAUGGCGGGUCGAUGACCUCACCUUGUGUUUCCAACAAGACUAUCUCAAAGUUCUUUUCCCAUUAGCGGUUAUUGUUGUUUCGUUUUUACGCCUUGCCUGGUCAAACGUCAGGCGGCUGCUUUCGUCGGGCAAGGCCAAGGGCUACAAACCCAUUACGAACGACCACACAGCUCUUCCACCCGAUGUCGAUGACGAGGAUGACGAUGACGAUACCGAGGAUGACUCCUAUCUGGAAAUCAACGGCAAUCGACUCGCACUCGCCAAAACCAUCAGUAGAGGUUCCGUUGUCGAGGCUGACGCGCCGCAUGGCAAACGGUUGUCACAAGCCGUUGAAGAACUUGCCAUCAUCGGAUUGAUUGUCAUCAAUGCAAUCGCUCUGAUCAAGGGGGCCUAUGGACCUGCUGGGCGUUUUGCAGCCAUUGCCGGACUACUCACUUGGAUCUAUGCUCUGGUGCUGACCUCUCUGCGACUACUCGUCGGUGGCACCAAAUGGAGGAUUCCCCAUCUCUGGAAUCACACAGCCAGCAUUUAUGCCGUGAACUGGGUGUUGACCAUUUUCAUCUUCCGCUCCGCAAUCAUUCACCCUACUUCUCACCUAGUACAAAUUCUUGCCUGCCUCGAGUUUGGGCUUAUCACGCUACUAUUCCUGCUAGCAGCGACCACCAGAAAAGGGAACAAGACGGUACUUAUGGAAUGGGAGGACGGGAUCGAGCCAUCUCGCGAACCGCUUGCAAGUCUGUUCUCUCUGGCUACUUUUGCAUGGGUAGAUGCUAUCGUGUAUAAAGGCUGGAGGAAGACUCUAGAGCUUGAUGACGUGUGGAACUUGCUACCCAAGGACAAGGCUGCGGCUGUGAUUGCCGACUAUCGCCAGAUGAAGAAGACCGGUGCUCUGGCAUGGCAUAUGCUGAGAUAUUUCAAAGGCAUGCUAUUCUUUCAGUGCUUCCUGGCCUUUGUCUCCGGUUUCUUCACCUUUGCGCCAACGCUCCUCUUGAGAGCCAUUCUCGAGUACGUUGAGGAACCCGAACGUGCUCCUAUAAAUGUCUUGUGGCUUUAUGUCAUAGGCCUUCCUGUUCUUGACACCAUCCGAUCAUAUGCUGACGGUAUGGCGCUCUGGACCGGCCGAAAGAUUUGCAUACGCGUUCGUGCUAUUAUUAUCGGCGACAUUUACGCCAAAGCCCUUCGUCGAAAAGCUGCAGCAGGCAAAGACAAGGUCCUCGGAGAAAGCUCAAAGAAGGCCAACAAGGACGCUGACCCUGACAAAGAAGGUACGAUCGCCAAGAUCAAGGGCGCCCUUGGUCUACGGAAGCGUAACAAGAAUAAGAAUGCCUCGGCGAGCGAUGCAGAGUCUUCUGGCAGUAUCAAUGGCGAUGACAACAAAUCUGCCGGUGACGAUGACCAGGCUAACUUGGGAACCAUUAUCAACCUCAUGUCAGUGGAUAGCUUCAAGAUUGCUGAAAUUACGGCUUACCUCCACUUCCUAUGCGCAGCGGCUCCGACACAGCUCCUCGUCUCCGUCGUCUUACUCUGGCAGGUCAUGGGACUCAGCGCUAUUCCUGGUCUGAUCGUUAUGGUUUUUCUCUUGCCCGUCAACUACUUCCUGGCAAAGGGCUUCAAUAUUACAUCCAAGAAUAUCAUGAAAGCCACUGAUAAGCGAAUCAAUGUGACAAACGAAGUCCUCCAAAAUAUUCGCAUCAUCAAAUACUUUGCUUGGGAAGAGAGAUUCGGGCGCUCCAUCGACGAAAAGCGAGAGGCUGAGCUCAAUGCUCUACGAUCACGAUUCACCCUCUGGGCAUGCGCGGUGGCCAUCUGGAAUUCUGUCCCAGUCCUCAUCACCUUCUUCUCCUUCCUUGUUUACACUCUUAUCGAAAAGAAGCCUCUGUAUCCUUCCAUCGCCUUCACUGCCAUCUCUCUCUUCAUGCUGCUGAGAGUGCCCCUAGAUCAACUGGGCGAUAUGUUUGCCCAUGUGCAGGAAGCAAAGGUUUCCAUUGAUCGUGUUGAAGAGUUUUUGAGUGAAGAAGAGACUGAAAAGUAUGAGCAGCUCGGUCGAGACAAUGUGGACGAACAAGGCGUGAAACGCAUUGGAUUCAAGGAUGCAACCAUGAUCUGGGGAAGCAAGGACACAGUUGCUGAGGACGGUUCGCGAGCCUUUCGACUGAUGGAUCUGAAUGUGGACUUCCAAAUUGGCAAGCUUAAUAUCAUUGCAGGCUCUACGGGGAGCGGAAAAUCAUCAAUGUUAAUGGGGCUUCUCGGUGAGAUGACACUGAUGGAGGGCAAAGUUUUCUGUCCCGGCGGUCGAAGUAGAGAAGAAGUCAAGCCUGACCCCGACACCCGGCUUGCCGAUACUAUCGCUUACGUUGCCCAGUCUGCAUGGCUCGUCAAUGCAAAUAUCAGGGACAACAUUCUCUUUUCAGCGCCAUACGACCCGCAACGAUACAGGGACGUUAUUGUCGCUUGUGCUCUGGAGCGCGACCUUGAGAUUCUCGACCACGGUGACGAAACGCUUGUUGGAGAGAAGGGCAUCACGCUUUCGGGUGGACAGAAACAGCGAAUUUCUCUCGCUCGGGCUCUGUAUUCCAACUCGGCUCAUGUUCUCAUGGAUGACUGCCUAAGCGCUGUUGACUCUCACACCGCCCAAUGGAUCUUCACCAACUGCAUACGCGGCCCCCUGAUGGCGAAUCGAACUUGCAUUCUAGUUACUCACAACGUGGCACUCUGCGUGCCCUCAGCCGACUACGUAGUGUACCUUGACAACGGUCGUGUUGCUUCCCAGGGUUCCUCGCAAAAGGUGAUUGCUUCUGGCGUCUUGGGCGAAGAGAUACAGAAAUCUCGCCCUGCAUCCUCGGCUGGUUCUCAAGGUCCGUCACGAGUACCCUCUAGAGUUCCAUCCAGUGUUGGCGACGGGGAGACAAUGGUCAACAGCAACGGCGAAUCUCAAGACGGCAGCGCCGCCCCAAAGAAGGCCAAAAUCAAGAAGCCACAGACCGAUGCGAUGGACGAGGGCAAGGCCUCCGGCGCUGUCAAAUGGCCCGUCAUGAAGGUUUAUGUUCGAGCUAUGGGUCCCUGGUGGUUCUGGGUUUUGGCUGUGAUCGUUUUCAACCUGCAGCAAUUGGCCACAGUCGCAACCAAUGUUUGGGUAAGGCAAUGGGCGAACCAGUACGUUGAAGAAGAGUCAGUGGUUGCAGUCGGCACGCUUUCCCAGUCCUACGGCUCCGGGGCGUUUUCCAAAGGAUCUUGGGCAUCCAUCUCCCGUCUUGGCGGCAGCGCUACUGCUUCAGAAUCUAGCUCCGGCAAGGUCUAUGGUCAGGUGUCAUUCUCCGCGCUGGUCACUCCUCAGGUCAACGUGGCCUACUAUCUGUCGGGACUCGCCAUUAUCGGCAUACUCGGUUCCUUCGCAGCUUUUGUGCGGGAUGUCUGGAUCUUCUACGGGUCUCUGACCGCAUCGAGAAAGCUUCACGAUCGCCUCAUGAGUGCAGUCACUCAUGCCAAGUUUAAGUUUUUUGAUGUUACACCGCUGGGUCAACUGAUGAACCGCUUCAGCAAGGAUCUCGAGGCCGUCGACCAGGAAAUUGCGGCCACCGCCAUUGGUGUCAUGUCAUGCGCCCUCUCUCUGAUAGUUACGGUUGUCCUGAUCGCUGUCAUCACUCCCGGAUUCUUGAUUGCUGCCGUCUUUAUUGCUGCCCUCUUCUACUUUGUUGCCACUCUCUACCUACGUGCCUCUCGUGACCUUAAGCGCCUCGAGUCCGUGCAGCGAAGCCCGCUGUUUCAGCAGUUUGGCGAGACGCUCACUGGCAUGACAACCAUUCGAGCCUACGGUGACGAAAGACGUUUCAUUCGUGACAACUUGACCAAGGUGAACACGCAGAGCAGGCCAUUCAUCUACCUCUGGGCCUGUAACAGAUGGCUCUCAUUCCGUGCUGACCUGCUGGGUAACCUGGUGUCGUUCUCUGCCGGAGUCUUCAUCAUUCUGAGCCUGGGCAAGAUCGAUGCCGGUGCGGCGGGUAUCUCGCUGAGCUAUGCCAUGAACUUUACGGAGAAUGUUCUUUGGUUAGUGCGUCUGUAUGGCAUGAAUGAGCAGAACAUGAAUUCCAUGGAGAGAGUCAAGGAGUACCUUGACCUUGAUCAGGAGGCAGCGGCUGUGGUGGCAGAAAACCGGCCGCCCGAGUCUUGGCCGGACAAGGGCAACGUCGAGUUCGUUGGUUACACGACGCGUUACCGAGAGGAUCUGGACCCAGUCCUCAAGGGCAUCACUCUCAAGAUCAACGCCAGGGAGAAGGUUGGCAUUGUUGGACGAACAGGAGCCGGCAAGAGUUCCUUGGCACUGGCUAUAUUCCGUGCGCUGGAGGCAGAGAAGGGUCGCAUCGUCAUUGACGGCGUUGAUAUCGGCAAGAUUGGCCUGCGCGACUUGCGAGAGAACAUUACCAUUGUGCCGCAGGACCCGACCUUGUUCACGGGAACAAUCCGGACCAACUUGGACCCCUUGGAUCAGUACACGGAUGAGCAAGUGUUUGAAGCGCUUCGCCGCGUCCAACUGAUCGGAGCAGACGAGUCGGCCAUUAACCCGACGAGGCCAACCAUCCAAGUGACGAGCGAUUCUCAAGUGGUUCGAUCACCGGCACCUUCAAUGAUGACAAACAAGAAUGUCUUCUUGGACCUCUCAUCGCCAGUCACGGAAUCUGGAUCAAACCUAUCACAAGGGCAGCGCCAGCUGCUGUGCUUGGCCAGGGCUAUGCUCAAGAAACCCACGGUGCUGGUCAUGGAUGAAGCCACAGCCUCGAUCGACUACAACACCGACUCCAAGAUUCAAGAAACUAUUCGAGAGCUUACGGGCACUGUCAUCACGAUUGCGCACCGUCUACAGACGAUUGUGGACUAUGACAAGGUGCUCGUCUUGGAUCACGGCGAGGUGAAGCAGUUUGGGCAUCCUUGGGAGCUAAUCAGCGACGAAGAAGGACAAUUCCGCAGCAUGUGCGAGAUGAGCGGCGAGCUUGAAGUCUUGGUCAAGGCGGCCAAGAGAAAGUGGGACGAAGAUAGGCUGGUGGACGUUGACGAUGCCUAA